ACGAUUUGAUGCAGGGCACCUGAUCGGAGUCUUCGUAGCUUGGCUUUAUUAUGUAUGUAGGCUUAUCUAUUUUUGUGUCUAAUUUAAAACGUGAAAAUCUCAAUUCAUGCAUUUGAAAGGAGCAGGCGGCAAAAAGUUUAAGAGCUGUGCGUGUGUCGAGCGAAAAAGCUUAUUUGUCAGAUUUGGCCUUUGAAAUUCACUUACAUGAUGCACACAGGCCAGUGGCAUAUUCACCAUGGCAACACCAGGACCAAGCCUCUUCCCAACGAUGACAUCAGCAGGGCUGGAGGAGACAGGUCUAUCGCAGACCUUGCCUAAAUUGGCCAAUGAAGGAGCCCUGCAGAAAAUGCUGGCCGACGAGCGAAUGCGCUGUGAGACACACAAGACCAACUACCAGACCUUGAAGGCUGAACACACAAAACUUCAGGAUGAUCACCGUCGUCUACAGCGAGACUUUGAACAGACCAAGGAGGGGGGUGCGGCAAUGGAAAGCCGAUUCCAAUCGCUGAUGGCCAGGGCGAGCAAAGAGCUGGCCGAGAAGAUCACAGAGUUAGAGGAAGUCAAAACUCAGACAAUCACGCCGGAGAAGCUGGAAGUGAUGAAGGUCCAGAUCGCUGAGAGCCUGGAGGAGCCCUUCAGGGAACGCUUCAACAAACUGGAAGAGGAGCUGGAGCACUACCGCAGCGAGUACAACAAGCUGCGCUACGAGCACUCCUUCCUAAAGUCCGAGUAUGAGCAUGAGACGGCCGAGCACAAGCGCGUGGUGGAGGAGAUGAAACUGCAGUAUGAGACGGAGAUUGAAAACUUGCACAAAGACAAAGAGGCCAUUAUUGCCAAGUUCUCUCAGGACAAUACCCACGAUGGUCAGCGAGUCCGCACCCUGCAACGAGACAAUGCCCAGCUUCACUUGAAAGUCAAAGGGCUUUUGACUGAAUUGGAAGAGAUCCGCGUCCAGCGAGAACAGACCGGCUUACAGUCAGACCACGUGUCAAGAUUACAGGCACGCCAGCUAACGGAGCAUGUAGCUACCAUCAAGGCACUGGAGGCUGAAAAAGAGUCCCUCAAACUCCACAUCGAGCAGCUGGAGAGUGACCUGGGAGCCGCCAUGGACGGCCAGAAGGCCGCGUCCACCAAGGCGCAUGACGCCGAGAAGCGCACCAUGGAGCUGAGGGGUCAGCUGGAGGAGGCAGAGCACCGGCGCAAGAUGGAAGUGACUGAGUUAAGGAUGGAAAUGGUCAGGAGCCGGGGAGAACUGGAGAGGGAGAGGGAUGCCCUGGCCAGUGAGCUGGAAGGUUGUCAAUCUAAUCUGGAGAUUCUGAAGAAGUCCUCCGAGAUGCAGACGCAGGCCAUUGCAGAGAAGGAGAAGGAAGCCGCUCGCCGCGUCCAGGCGGCCCGAGAGGAAGAGUGGGAGAAGAUUAGCAAACUGGAGCAGCAGAACCUGGAAUUAGAGGCCAGACUUCAUGAACUUGACAAGCUUAAGAUAGAAGAGGAAUCCCAACGGCACACUGAGAAAGAAAAGUGGGAGGAGCAAGUGAAAGCAGCCAAUCAGAGGCGAGAUCAGCUAGAGAAGGAUAUGCUUGCCCUCAGGGCAAAGAUCGACCAUCGCAACACCCUCGCCGGAGAGCUGGAGAAACAGCAGUCCCAGUGCCAGGACCUGCAGCAACAGCUCCAGCAGACGACCAUGGAACUGCACGGCCUGCAGGCCGCCGAGCAGGAACUGACAUCCGAGAACGACCGGCUCCGGACGGCCGGCGACCUGCUGAGGGACGAGGUGCGGACGGCCAGGGCUGAGGCCGAGAGGACGCUGGAGGCAGCCCAGGCCAGGCUGGAGCAGCAGAAGGCAUCCCUGGGAGAUGAGAGGCUGCAGGUGGAGCGCCGGGUGGAGGAGCUCGAAGCAGAGAUCAGGGCGGGGCACAAGAGGAUGGAGGAGAUGGCACAGAUGCAUCGGAAGAAAAAGAGGAAGUACCAGAAAGUGGUGGACCACCUGAAGGAGAAAGUGCAGUUACUAGAGGCGAAGAAAGAAGAGCUGAAACUGGAAAAGCAGGCACUCAGGAAUAAAAUUCCCAAGGAGACUUACGCCAAGGCGGUGCAGCGACUGAGGGACCUGCAGCGUCGUCACACCGAGUUCAGGAGCCUCCUGGCAGGAGCCAAUGCCACCUUGCCGCUGGUUGACGUAACGGGACCAGUAGACGCGUCCACGCCGUUUGUGAAAGCAGCCAUGGAGCAGGAGAGGCUCCACCACGAAGACUUGUCGAUGAUUCGCCGUCGCCUGGAUGACCUGAACGAGAACCAGAAACUCCAGAUGGAUGCACUUCUAGGGGAUGCUCCCCUCAGCACCCGGACCGACAUCCUGUCUCCUCGCAGUGACGAAGACAAGGAGAACUAAGCAGGACGCCCGUCUGUAAUCAUGGAAAUCUUCAAAAGAGCCUGAAUGAAUGAACAUGUAUUGGAGGGUAAAUGCAUUACAAGUGCCAAUCAUCUUAUGCUGCAUCUAAACGUCUUGGCUGUGGCUGGCGGUAACGUGCACGCGUAGUGGCUACAUUAGAUGUGUUACCCCCCGUCGUGGCCUAAGACUGUUUGACAUAGACUGGUUCUCAGGAGCGAAUUCAAGUGGGGCUGUUCCUCAUGCAGAAUUCUGUGCAAAAUGGAGAUUACCACUCCGAUUUCAGACUCGGCUGUGUUCUCGAACAAAGGCUUAGCGGACCUCUCUCACAAAAACCUUCAGUUUUGAAUUUGUCGGAGCCUACAUGCUCGCUUUUAGGUGAGCAUUAACAAAGCAGGAUGGUGCGAGUGGGCAAGACUUUCAGUAUUUUUGUACUACUGUUGCCUUCUUCGUUUUCCAAAUUUCCAGUGGGAGGAUGACUCGAGGGCAAGUAUUUGAGGAAGGGGAGAAACUGGGGAGUGAUGAUUUUUUUUGCGAGAGGGGUAUGCAUCCCCUAAGCCGCCCCCCCCAAGCUGUGCCUCUGGUCAGAAUAUACUUUUACUUACAUGUUCAGCAUUCCUUUGUCGUGCACAUCUGUGCAGACAGCAGCGCCAACAAACAUUCCAUGAUGAGAUGCUGAAGGACAUUGUAUUCAAUACAAACAAUGCUGCAUUCAGACAUGAAACAGUCCUGCAACUAUUUUUGCCAAAUGUGUGGCACUGACCAAAUGAAUGUAGUUUGGGUCUUGUCAUCAAAACCUUUUUAUAUCCGUGAAUCCAAAUAGUGUUGCUGUGCGUUCAUUUCGUAUUUUAUUUAUUUUAGUAGAGGUUUUUCAAAAACUGUAACAGUAAAACACACCAUAAGUAAAGAAAUACUUUUUGUGUUAGUUUUAGAACUGGUCAAACAAAGGCAAAUAGGACGGUCGAAAUCAUGUUAGGUUGUUAGAAAUCUGCUUUGGAGGGCAGGUCUGUGUUGUACUUGAUUUUCAUAAGUGGUGAUUUCAACACUGGCAGCUGACUGGCAUUGUGUAUGCCAAGACUCUUAUCCACUGAUCUUAACUUUCCUAAAUUGCCCAACCUAUAAACUAAUCUAGGUGCAAGAAUGACAAGCCAUUACUGCGUAGCCAUCCUGUUCGCCGGCAGGUGGUACGCAGGCGUUACAUUUCUCUCAGACCAACAGGAUGUUGUAAGUGGACACUCUCAAGUUAGGCUCGUGCAUGAGUGUGAUGGCCCACAGGAACGGCAUUUCCUCAGAUUAGUGUACACUCAGGUUCUUGUCAGUAUUAUCCCGGUGUCUUAUUUGCGAUGGUACACUGCCACUGAUUUACUGCAGCAUUCAAUUUAGACUCGACAUUGGCUAGGUUUUUCCUAGUAAUGCUGGGGGGGUGUGUGUUGAACACCAAGAAGAAAUUUCCCAACAAAUGUCUAAACGUUGGGGUUAGUGUUGAAAUAGCCGUGUCUGUGCUUCACUGCCUUCGAUUUUUGUACAUCACAUAUAAAAUAGCUGUGACCAGAUGGACUUAAUUAACAUUGCUUUGUGAAAUGAGAUGAAAACAGUAAAGUACAACCAAUAAAAUCAAGCGUGCAUUGUGAGUGUGCAUUUGUGGAGGCUGGUGCAAAGCCCCAGAUCACCUGUUUGUCUUGUGCUUGUGAGCAAGAUGAAAUCUGGUACAAGUGUAUUCUAACAUACUUCCAUUGUAUGACAAAACCAUAGAGAUAUUGAUGCCAAUGAAUACAAAUGAUGCAUUUUACCAAGUACAAUACUGACAGGGAUUUGGGGCUUUUUGACAAAUGUGAUAAUGGAGUAAAGCAACCCACUUGAGAGAAAAACCAAUCAAAUGCAGUUUCAGAAGCUUUUUGUUUUUAAUGAAAAAAAAAUUCACCUCAGCUCUUUGCCCGUAACCUGAAAUGUCGGAGUACCUCAGGCAAAGAGUUACAACUUUAGAACAGCAAAGUGUGAACAAGUAGCAAAAAUAUAUAUUUCGUCCAAGUAAAAGCCAAAAUAAUGUGCACGUAAGGUGCUCAUAAUACGCAAAUAUACAGCUGUUGAUUCAACAUUAAAAUAACCAAUAAUGAAGCUAAGAUUAAGCUGUAACAGCACAAAGAAACUCAAACACAAAUAUGAAAAAAAAUCAAUUGAAUGCUUGGUCAAACGGUAUCCGGUGGUUUCAACAUGUUCAGUAAUAAACUGAAUAAAAAAUCCCUUCUCUACAAGC